GUCCUUAUCACUUCCGGGAUUUUCCGCAGUGUGGCGCGGUGACGAGCUCCAACAGCGAAGCAGCUUUAUUUCUUGGAAGCUGUGAGAUGGCAGACCCUCGAAGUCAGGUCUCGGCCUCCAUGUCCCAAAAGUCCCUGGGAUUUCCGCCCUCGGGGGGGCCAGCAACAGAAAUGGACCCAGUGGAAUACACUCUCCGCAAGCGGCUGCCCAGGAAGCUACCAAAGCGGCGCAAUGAUGUCUACAUCAACAUGAAGACUGACUUUAAGGCCCAGCUGGCCAGGUGUCAGAAGCUCCUGGACGGCGGCGCAGGUCACAGGGAGAUCUGCAUUCAUGGCCUCGGACUUGCUAUUAAUCGGGCCAUUAACAUUGCUCUGCAGCUGCAGGCGUUCAGUCAGGGGGCACUUCAACUUGCUGCCAACACCUCUACCGUAGAGCUGAUAGAUGAUCUGGAACCAGAGGAUCCGGAUGAAGCUGGAGAGCCACUAACACGCACACGCAACAACUCUGCCAUCCACAUUAAAGUGUUCUACCCCAGUGCUUAAAGACAGAUACCACUCUGAGGUUUAAGAAGUUAGACCAGUAAUUUUAUUUCCAUAUUUAAAACACAAUAAAAAAAAAAUACCAGUUUGUGUGUGCUUUUAGUUGUAACAGACUAAAUGGCUUUUUCUUUGUUAAUGCACUAAAAAAAACUUUGUUACAAUAAAUUACAAACACUGAUGGAGACAUUUAGGAAAGAAAACUGCAUAUUAUAAAAUUAUAUUUCUGUAUGGGCUGGCAUUUAGAAAUAUACAUUAAGUUGGGCAGCUUUUUCAAGAUCUACCAGUUCACUGACAAGAGGUGGGAUGAAUUACAAGGGAGAAAAACUGUGACCUUCCUCGUUGAAUCCUGUGUCUGUAGUACAGAAGGUUAAAAUAUAAAAUAGUUAAAUAUGAAAGGUUCAAAUUAGAAAAUAGUGCUGGUGCAUUGUUUUGAAGUGAGAAAUAUUAUUUAAUUUGUCAUGUUAUAUUUUUUAGUGAAUCUUUUCUUUUGUACAGUUAUCGGUGUAAAACCUGUGCCAAGCUUGAGCCACUGAGAGACCAACAACAUGUAAAUAAAGGAGUAUUGUAUUAUGUACUCGUACAGUU